CAUUAAGCCGCAUUCGGUUCCUUCACACGGCGAUUGCAGUACCCUGCUCUGCAUCUUCUUCGCGAAUUUGGCACAAAUUCAGCUCAAUCCAGGAGCAACGCAUUGAUAUUCCCAAUUGAAAAAAGAGUGUAGUAACAUGACCACCAACCAUCACAACGUCGUUGAUCCGGCCUUCAGCGUAGUGCCGAAGGAAAGUCCGGCAUUCCUUAUCUGGCGCGUGGAAGAUAUGAAGCUGGUAUUGUUGCCUAAGGAAUCGUAUGGCAAAUUCCAUUCCGGUGACUCGUACCUAAUAUAUAGCGCUUUUGAGUCUGGUCAACCGUGUGGAACUCUUCUUCAGCAAAUCAAAGGGCAAUCAAACAAGCUAGAGCGCUAUAUUCAUUUUUGGCUUGGAAAUGAGACUACCCAAGAUGAAGCUGGCGUAGUCGCCAUUAAAGCUGUCGAACUGGAUGAUGUGUUGGGCGGCUCUCCUGUUCAACAGCGUGAGGUCGAAGGCAGUGAGUCUGCGCGUUUCAUGACUUACUUUAAGGACGGUAUAAGAAUUCUACCUGGGGGAGCUGCGUCCGGCUUCAAACAUGUGACAGAUGAAUUUCACCCUGCCCUUUACUCGGUCAAAGGUAAACGUAAUCCGAUCGUACGUCAACUCCCGGAAGUCUCCUGGUCCCUAAUGAACGAAGGUGAUGUCUUCGUCUUGGAUUGCAAAAAGUACAUCUUUGUAUGGGUUGGCCGUUCGGCCAACAACAAAGAGAAGAUGCACGCUGCCAAGCUGGCACAAACACUGAAGGGCGAACAUGGUGAAUCUUACAGUACCUUAGUUAUUGUAGAAGAUGGUCAAGAACUUGGCUUGCCCGAUGCAGAGAGAGCAGCAUUGGAAGGCUUGCUUGCCAUUCAGCACAAGAAGCUGAAACCUGUCGAGGCAGAGAACGAUGAGGCUUUCGAGAGCAAUACUGUUGCAGAGAUCAAAUUGUACCGCUGCACCGACGAGGAUGGCACAUUGAAAGUUACCGAAGUAAAAAAAGGACCGCUUUUCCAGGCAGACUUGUCAUCUAAUGAUAGUUUCAUUGUUGACAAUGGAGCGAAUGGCAUUUUUGUGUGGGUCGGCAAAAAAGCCACACCGCAGGAACGGACUGAGGCAAUGAGGAACGGACAGGGUUUUGCCAAGAAGAAGGAAUAUCCGCCCAACACUAACGUGACCCGUGUUCUCGAUGGAGGCGAACCCGCUGAAUUCAGGACCCUGUUCCGCGACUGGAAAGUAGUCGGCCAAACGGUUGGCUUUGGAAGACAAGCAUCAGUUGGUAAAAUCGCCAAAGUUGUCCAGACGAAAUUUGAUGCAUCGACACUUCACGAGAACCCAAAAGCUGCCGCCAAAGCGGGCAUGGUCGACGAUGGUAGUGGUAAAAAAGAGGUCUAUCGCAUCAUCAAUAAGGAACUCUCUCCAGUUCCCCACGCCGAGCAUGGCAAGUUCUACGCUGGCGAUUGCUACGUCAUCAAUUAUGCCUACACAGUCGGAGGUACUGAAAAGAACAUCAUCUAUUAUUGGCUGGGUUCCACUGCGGGUCAAGACGAAAAAGGCAUUGCUGCCGUUAUGGCAGUUGACUUGGAUAACAAACUCGGUGGUCGAGCUGUUCAAGUCCGCGUUAUCCAAGGCAAAGAGCCGGAGCAUUUCUUAUCCAUGUUUGGUGGUAAGAUGGUUAUCUACUCUGGUGGACGAGCCUCCGGUUUCGAGUCCCAGCAAGGCGAGAAAGAUGAUGUUCUUGGAAAUACUUAUAUGCUCCAAGUACGUGGCAAUGCCGCUCAUAACACGAAAGCCAUUCAGGUCCCACUGAAAGCAUCUUCGCUAAAUUCUAAUGAUGUGUUCAUUUUGAUGUCGCCAAAUGUUGUUUACAUUUGGUGCGGCAAAGGAUGCACGGGAGAUGAAAGAGAAAUGGCCAAGAAGAUCGCCGCUGAUGGUAAAGGUGACUCGCAGAUUAUGGUCGAAGGUAAGGAAAAAGCUGAAUUUUGGGAAAUGCUUGGAGGCAAGGGGCCUUAUAUGACAGAUAUGCGUACCGUCGAAGAGAUUCAUGAACAUGAACCUCGUCUGUUCCACUGCUCCAAUGCCACCGGAAACAUGAAAGUCGAGGAAAUUUUGGAUUUCAAUCAAACGGACUUGGUCGAAGAGGACGUCAUGGUACUCGAUGCUUGGCAUUCGAUUUUCAUUUGGGUGGGUGUCAAUUCCAACAAGCAAGAAGUGGCUUUAGUAGAAAAGGGGGUCGUCCAGUACUUGCGCUCUGAUCCCAAGGGACGCGAUUUGGAUACCCCGAUUCUUAAGGUUCACCAAGGAUGCGAACCGCCUACUUUCACAGGAUUCUUUGGUGCAUGGGAUCCUAGUAGCUGGGAGAACCGCGUAGAUUUCGAAAAACUGAAGGAAAAUUUGAAGAAAGAUAAUCCCAACAUGACCAUCGCUUUAUCAGUUAAUGGUUCCAGCGGAGAGAAACACCGCUAUCCAUUGAUCGUGUUGCAAGAAAAGAAUCCCGAGAAGCUCCCUGCUGACGUGGAUCCUGCUCAGAAAGAGCUGUCGCUUCACGAUGCUGAGUUCACUCGCGCGUUCAAGAUGGAACGGACUGCUUUUGAGGCGCUACCUGCAUGGAAGCGUAAUCAGUUGAAGAAAGAUGUGGGUAUCUUUUAAUGUCAC